AUGGAUGUCCCACCGCAAAGCGGAUGGGACAUAGACAAAGAGUGCGACAAACUGACGCAGUUUUUCCCUUCUAUCAACCAUGAAAUGUUCAUGGCUGUCCUGCACAAGCAAGGGUUUUCACCAGUUUUGGUGGAGUUCUUUGCAUCUUACUUAGUUGGCCGUUCCACAGUUUAUUGUUGGAGCACCUUCCAAUCUGACUCGCAGUCCGUGGACGUGGGUGUCGGGCAGGGCUCUGCUCUCUUGCCUGUUAUCUCAGGACUCUUCAUUGCUCCGGUAAUGAAGCUCUUCUAUAUCAAAGCAGCGCCGCUCAACACAACGCUGCUCUCCUUGGUGGACAAUGGGACCAUUCUGGCCCAGUCCAAACAACUUGAUGAUAAUAAUGUGGGCCUGCAUAAGGCCUACAAAGUUAUCUACCUUCUCUUUGUUGCUUUUGCAUUCAUUCUUGAACAUGACAAGACCGAGUUGUUCCACUUUUCGCGUCGACGAGACGCUUACAAUCCCUCACUGGAUCUGGGGUAUGCCCCACAUACCGGUGUUACGCCUUUGAAGCCCAAGACCUAUUGGAGGUACUUGGGCUUCUACUUUGACCGCGGGCUCACCUUCCAUGAGCAUGUCCGCUACUAUGCCACCAAGGCAUUCACCACCGACUUCAACAUCAAUAUCAAGAAGUCGUUCAGAUAUCUGAUCAAACUUGGGCUUCUCAGCUAA